GUAUACUCCCACAUCAUCCUCUCUGUCACCCGACCUCACUCACUCUCCCUCACUCACCAAACAUCACGAAACAUCACCCACUCACCACUAGUCUCCUGAUAUUCUGACUGCUUUUUGAACUUUGUUUUAUUCCAUUUCUUGCUGGCUGAGUUUUGUGCUGUUUUUAACAGAGCACCCCCAGUAACUUGCAAUAUACCCCGGACUUUAUACACUGGUACAAGACAAAGACACUGGAAUCAUGAUGAUAACCAGUUUGACGAAGAAAUUAAGGGUUACAAGCCCGACUCUGAGGUUAGCCUGCAGUGUGACAAGGAUUACCACUUUGAAGACGAUAAAGACUUAAAGGAGAGAAUGUUGAAGUGUAACGGUGUAGGAGAGUGGGUACUUUGGGGGGAGGAAACUUCAGAAACUUGGCACAAAUCUGUCCCCUGUGUUCACCAAACCACAUGUUCUUAUCCUACUAACGUUGAAAAGAAGAAUGGUGAAGGUACCGUAAAACUGGAGGUUGGCGAGAAACUGUAUUGCGAAGAAACGGUCACUCUUGCAUGCGGUUUAGGCCUGGAAAUGUUCACAAAUGAUACCGGCGAAUAUCGGAAGACAACUGACAGGCACUAUUGAAGUGACUUGCCUGAAAGAUGAAGAGGGCAGUAAUGUGGGGAAACUGUCAGCAAGCAUCAUCUGCGGUACGAAGAUCCAUCUCAUGACACACCUGGGUGAAGGGUUGGAAUAUGUGCCACAACAGCAAUCUGCAAUCUUGAACAAUCAGGUCAUCAGAGUCGGAAUGAUUUACAGCCGCUUCAAGACCGCAGUCACGAGUAGAUUUGCUGAUCUGAAUGCUUCCUUCCUCGAUGAAAAGAUAUUUCGGUACAUCUCCAAAGAGAGAACACUACUCCAAACCAAUUUGCUGGUAAUCCCAUCUCAGCUGACAUUGUCAACUUCUGAAGAUCUGGAGAAUAUAAUCAGCAAAACGGACGCUGAUAUUGAGAAGCUGAAAGAUUUGAGUUUUAGUCUAGAUAGUGGAGAAACCAUUGUUAUCAGCCACGCUGAGCGCACCUUCGAGGGAAAGUGCGGUGGUUUGACGGAGGUAAACAAUAAAGGAUCAUACAUUUGGAACGGUACUAACCAGACACUCCCCUGUGAUUUCAACAAAGAGGUAGUUGCUCAUGCUGUGUCGAAAUGUACCUGCGAUGAUGAUACGGGGCUUUGUGUUCUGGAUACCACUGGUGCGUAUGAUAACUGCUCUUACAAAUCAAACAAGACCAAAGGCCUUGACGAAUUAAAUAAAGAGGAUAUAUCUCCAGUGGAAAAGGCUGACAAGCUGAAAGAUAUGACGGAAGAUUUAAGUGAGGAGGACAUUGACGAGGAUGGAUAUGAUAUAGGAGCUAACACGAUAUCUGACAUCCUGGAAGCUGAUACGGAAAGUUUGAGAGUGGACAAGGUUCAGAGGAUGAAUGAGAACGUUCUGGACGUCAUUGAUAAGUUUGCUAAUGCCGGCGGUGUGGUGGCCUACAAGGAGGCUGUUGCUACUGACAAGUAUCUGAAAGCGCUGGACAAAGUGCUGUUGAACACAGACGCACCGACUGGAGGCAGUAAGGAGAUUAGUAAAAGUAACAUGAGGAUGGCUCUGUUGAGUGUACCUAAAGAUACUGACAAACAGUUGACCUUAUCUUGCUCUAGUAAAAAGUCGGAUGGUGGGGUUCAUAUUACAGCUGGUGGUUCUGCUGAAGUCGGUGAUGAUCUGGAGAUAGUGAUGGAGAUUCCUAAGGGCAUAAGAAAAUCCUUAAAAGACAACAAUAAGUUUUAUUUCGUGGUGUUUGAAAAGUCCACAUUUUUCACAACAGAAGAAUUGUUCACGGGAAAGAAGAAACUGCAGAGUAAAGUCUUCUCUGCUGGUGUUGCGGGAAUUCCUGAUAUCAGACGGAUAAGCCCUCCGAUAAACUUCAAGAUGAGAACACAGAAUAGUUCGGCGGAGUACAAGUCGGAGUGUGUAUACUGGAGAGAUACUGGAGGAGGGGUCAGGGAACGAGAGAUUAAAAAAGUUACGACGCUGGAGAGCAGUACAAAAGAGAUUAUCCACUGCCAAACUGAUCAUUUGACAAGUUUUGCUAUCCUGAUGAGCAGCACACCUCUUGCCGAGAUCCACGAGGAGAUACUAAAUGUUAUCACUUAUCUGGGAUGUAGUUUAUCUAUCAUCGGUCUUAUCUUAUCUCUCGUCGGUCUAUCCGUUUUCAGAGUAAUCCGGAAACCUAUGGCAACUAAAGUUCAUAUCAACAUGAGUGCUGCUCUGUUGUUAGCUAAUGUGACAUUCAUGGUCGGGAUUGAUGAGGUUGGAAGCCCGAUUGCGUGUUUAAUAUGUGGUCUCCUGUGCCACUACUUCUUUCUGGCUGCUAUCCUCUGGAUGGGAGUAGAAGGGUUUCACCUCUACGUCAUGAUCGUGCGAGUGUUUGGUCAUCUCAGCAACCGCUUCCUCCUCAAAUGUGCUGCCUUUGCAUGGGGUUUUCCAGCAGUAAUGGUAGCUGCUACUCUAGGAUGGGAUGUCAACAACUACGAAACUAUCAAAUUUUGCUGGCUAACAAAGACACCGAUGAUUUGUUUCUUCAUGGCUCCAGUUAUGAUUGUUAUCCUUAUAAACACCUACAUGUUCAUCAGAGUCACUCAAGAAAUAACAAAGUCACAGAACAGGAAGACGGACAACCUCCCCUCAAACCAGCAGUCGGGCCUUAGUGAUGUUCGAGACAAGUUGGUCCAGGUUAGGGCCUCAGUUUCAGUGAUGGUGCUGCUGGGUCUGGCUUGGAUCCUGGGUCCUCUCAUGCUGCUAGACAUGGUUCCUGCCCUCACCACCUCUAUAUCUUACCUCUUUACUGUCUGCAACUCUCUUCAGGGUUUCCUCUUUUUCUUCUUCCACUGUGCAAUCAAGACGGACGUUAAGGAACGUUGGAAGACCUAUCUAGGUUUGGAGAUGAGCCAUUCGCAGAUGUCAGAUUUCAGUAAAACGUACAACAAACAGAACUCAAAGCCUCAGCUUACCAAUCAGAAGACUACCGAGUUUUCUAAGCUGGGAGACAGCGCGGCUUCGCUCAACAAGUCACUGCUCUCUUUCAAACCAAAAAACAAAAUAAAACCUGGGCGACCAGACUCACCAGAGGAUGACAGCGAACUUGCUAUCGUGGACUUCUAAUAAUUACUGCAGACUUUUCAAUUAUUUAGCAUAGCGACGAAUCGUGUAAAUUCUAAAAAUAAUUAAUUGAUAUCUGAUGUAUUGUUUAUUUUAAUUAAAGACACUGAUUAAGACAACUAUUAAGACUUGAUUUCUUUGACGUUUGUCUCGAUCAUGGUAGUUCGUUCAAUACGAGAUCGAUUCUUAACAGUUAUUUGAUUUUGAAGUUUUAGUUGAUUUUGAAAUGUUAUUGAAUUUAUAGAUCCAGUAAAGGCGGAGGCAUCAAUACUAAUUAAUGGAAUAGAUCAUUCUGAUAUCAGUUUUUUUAUCUC